AUGGCAACAAACACAGUACUAAUAAAUAUUGUUAGUUAUAUUGUUUGUGCAGUUGUGUUUUGUCCGGGCAGUGUUACCUCAGACGACACGGUUCCCAUUCCUCAACAAAAGUCUGAGGUAGAGGGUUGGUUCAAAGCCAACGUUCACCCCCUUCCAGUGAGAAAGGGUUUGGACCCUGCCCUCGCAAAGGCCGAGGCCGCCCCAGUGCACAUCGCGGUCGGAAAAGGAGGCAAAUUCAAAACCAUUCAAGAAGCCGUCGACUCCAUUCCUCCUAAGAACACAAAGCGUACUAUCAUUAACAUAGCAGGUGGGACUUAUAAGGAGAGAGUGAGGCUCGACGUGGGUAAACAUUUCGUCACCUUCUAUGGUGAUCCUAAGAAUAGGCCACUUAUAGACGCUGCUGCCACGGCUGCUGAAGUUGGCACCGUUUACAGUGCCACUUUGUAUGUUUUGUCGGAUUACUUUAUGGCGGUUAAUAUUAACGUUAAGAAUUCAGCUCCCAGGCCCACUGGUAAACCGAAUCAGCAAGCUGUGGCUCUGACCAUCACCGGUGACAGGGCUGCGUUCUACAACUGUAAAUUUUAUGGAUUCCAAGACACCGUUUGUGACAAUAUUAACAAACAUUUCUAUAAGGAUUGUUACAUUGAAGGCACUGUAGAUUUCUUCUUUGGCGAUGCCAAGACUCUCAUUGUGAACACAGAACUGCAUGUUAUCUCAGGCGACAAUAUGGCGAUGGUGACGGCACACGGUAGGAAAAGUGCAAACGAAGACACAGGAUUAUCUUUCGUACAAUGCCGAGUUACCGGGGAUGCGAAAUCUAAAAUUGCAGUACUAGGCAGAGCAUGGCAUCCUUUUGCUAAAACCGUAUUUGCCUAUUCUGAUCUUUGUGGUGUCAUUAGACCGGAGGGAUGGUGGGCUGGGAUGAGCAACAAUGUUACCAAUCCAGAUAAACCUGAUCUAAUGAGCCUAUGCAGGAACACAUUCUUUGGAGAAUAUAAGAAUACAGGGCCAGGAUCUAGCAUGGCUAAACGUGCCAAGUUCGUUAAGAGGCUGACAGAUGCAGAGGCGAAGCAUUACCUCACCCUGGGUUUCAUACAGGCUUCCAAGUGGUUGCUUCCCCCAAUCACCAAAGCUGUGCAAGACAAUUCAACCCAAAUCCGAUCCAAGGUGAAAUUAAAACAAAACAUCCUGCGAAUUCAACCCUAG